AUGUUUGACACGACCAGUACGCCUCCCAAAUACCCCUCUAAAUAUAGCCUGGAGCCCAAAUAUGUUCUCUCCUCCUCGGGACAUUCUGCCCACCCUGACGAUAUCAUAAACUCGUGCAAAACUCUCCAAGAGCAUCUCAAGAAAACAGCAGAAGCAGCGGAAAAGGCCAUCCGAGAAUGGGAGGAAGAGAUAGAAGCGCGUGAUUUGGCAGAGAAGCGAAAGGUAGCACCUGGAUGGUUGGACCGUAAGGAGAAGAUAUUAGAACCAACAAAGGUGACCGACAAAACUGGUGGCCCUGAUCAUCACUUGCUGGAUGGACAACCAGAGCAUGAGAUUUCCGCGCCGGCAAUGUCACCCAGUCGAGAAGGCGAAGAACUUGACCGGGCAUUUGGUAAUCUGGGUGUUAAGUGA